GGGCGGUGCUCUGCAGAGGGGGAAAUAGAAGCUGAACCUUUGUGUAGGAUAAUUGCUGAUCCAGUUGUCUCCUCUUCCUCUCCAGCUGAUCCAGUUGUCUCCUCUUCCUCUCCAGCUGAUCCAGUUGUCUCCUUUUCCCCUGAAUGAUCCCCAAGGAUGGAGAAGGACAGGAAUGAGAUGACUAAGAGAAUAUUACACUUCACCUUGGAGAUCCUCCACUUGCUGACCGGAGAGGAUUACACCAUAGUGAAGAAGACAUGGGGGGAGUCCGGAGGAUCGGACAUAGACCAGAGCCCCAUCACAGAGCCUUCCCCUCACUCCAUGAUACUUGAGAGGAACAAGAAGAGGAUCCUAGAUCUCACCAGCAAGAUAAUGAAGCUGCUUACUGGAGAGGUUCCUAUAAGGUGUCAGGAUGUGGCGGUCUAUUUCUCCAUGGAGGAGUGGGAGUAUGUAGAAGGACACAAGGAUCUGUACCAGGACAUAGUCAUGAUGGAGGAUCACCGGCCCCUCACAUCACAAGGGGCAAGUCCAGAAGGCAUGAAGAAAUGUCCCGACCUCCACCCCACAGCGAGAACAGACAUGAGAAGAGGAGACACCAAUCCGUUUCAAUCCCCCAGAG